AUGACUGGUUGGACUACUAAGAUCAACGAUGCCGUCGCCGGCAGCAUUGUUGGCAGAAUAUUUCGUCUUCAAGGUUCUGGCCAUGUAAAGUCGAGAGAAGGAUCACGGUUCCUUACUGAAAUCCGUGCUGGACUCGCGACAUUCUUUGCGAUGGCAUAUAUCAUUUCUGUUAAUGCUACUAUUCUCUCAGAUAGCGGCGGAACUUGCGUUUGUACUGAUACAACAGACCCUACUUGCACCACGGAUCUGGACUACAAUCUCUGUCUUGGAGUUAUCCGUCGAGAUUUCAUCACUGGAACUGCCGCCAUUUCUGCUCUGACGUCAUUUUGUAUGGGAUUAUUUGCGAACAUGCCAAUUGCAUUGGCUCCAGGAAUGGGAUUGAAUGCUUACUUCACCUAUAAUGUUGUCGGGUUUCACGGUCUUGGACCUGUUACAUAUAGGCUUGCCCUUACCGCAGUCUUUGUUGAGGGUUUCGUGUUUGUCGCAUUGUCGUUACUUGGAUUGAGGCAAUGGCUAGCCAGGAUCAUUCCCGCUUCCAUCAAGCUUGCCUCUGGGGUAGGAAUUGGUCUAUACCUGACAAUCAUUGGUCUUGGGUACAGUGCAGGACUUGGUGUAAUCACCGGAGCUACUUCAACCCCCCUCGAAUUAGCAGGAUGUAUCAGCUCUGAAUUCGUAGAUGGUGUUUGUCCCGGGUCAACCAAAAUGCGUUCACCAACCAUGUGGAUUGGUAUAUUUUGCGGCGGUUUUGUGACUGCCAUUCUCAUGGCAUAUCGUGUUAAGGGUGCAAUCAUAGCCGGUAUCUUGUUAGUCGCCAUCAUCUCCUGGCCAAGAUCGACUUCAGUAACCUACUUCCCUCACGAUGCUGCUGGUGAUGCCAAUUUUGACUUCUUCAAGAAAGUUGUUACUUUUCAUGGCAUCCAGGAGACGCUAGUGGCACAGGAUUGGAAUGUAGCUGGUGUUACUGGUCAAUUUGGGCUUGCUUUCAUCACUUUCCUCUACGUUGAUAUUUUGGAUUGUACGGGAACGUUGUACUCUAUGGCACGUUUCGCCGGAGCUAUCGAUGAAGAGACACAAGAUUUUGAAGGAUCAGCGGUGGCUUACCUUGUAGACGCUUUCGGUAUUUCCAUCGGCUCGCUUCUCGGUUUAUCCCCAGUCACGGCAUUCGUUGAGUCCGGUGUUGGUAUAUCUGAAGGUGGUAAAACAGGAAUAACUGCCAUGGUUACCGGACUUUGCUUCUUUAUCUCAAUAUUUUUCGCGCCCAUUUUCGCCUCUAUCCCACCAUGGGCCACAGGUUCCACUCUGAUAAUCGUCGGGGCUAUGAUGUGCAAGGCUGCCAAGGACAUUAAUUGGAAAUAUUGGGGUGAUGCACUACCAGCUUUCAUCACCUUGGCUGUCAUGCCAUUCACAUAUUCCAUCGCCUACGGCCUGAUCGCUGGUAUCAUUUCGUACAUCAUCAUCAACACCACAACCUGGGCAUUAGAAAAGAUUUCCGGUGGCCGCAUCGUACCCUUUGAUAAAGAGUUCAAGGAUCCCUGGACAUACAAGAUCAAAGGUGGUAUUCUUCCAGCUUGGGUAGUACGAGCUUCGAAUGGAAAGAAGGAUUUUUGGCACGAUGAGCCCCCGAUCAAUACUUCAUCUGCGGCUUCUCUCUCGACUCCUGAUGAUGCAUAUAAAUCACGUGGUGAUUCUGAACCUGUAACUCAUGCUCUCGACGAAGCUAAGGCUGGUGAGAAGUUGGCUUGA